AUGGUAACGAUUAUGAUCGAUUCAAUUGCCUUGAGCUUGUAUAAAAAGCAUCAUGCGCUCGUAGAAACGAAUGACGCAUCACAACAAUUGUUAAGGCAUCGAGUUGUUGCUCAGGUAUUAGAGAUGGGGAUUAUAGUUCAUUCGGUGGUGAUCGGGCUUGCAAUGGGAGCCUCCGAAAAUCCGUGCACCAUUCGAUUCACUCAUCGCUGUUCUUUGCUUCCAUCAAAUGUCGAGUAUAAGUUGAAAAUGAAAGAAAUAAUGGUGGUUUUCUUUUCAUCGAUAACUCCACUUGGAAUCGCACUAGGAAUUGGAUUGUCCAGGGUUUACAGUGAUACGAGCCCGACUGUGGUGGGACUACUUAAUGCUUGCUCGACAGGGUUUAUUGAAUUACAUGGCUCUGGUAGAUCUGCUAGCGGCUGA